CACUCCACUACAAUCCUGCAGUCUGACAGCGAUCACAGACACCAGAGAACCAAAACAAACCCGUGGAGUGUGUGCUUCUGUAGGGAACUCUUGGAGGAAAUGGCUGGAACAGUAAUCAUCAGAUCAUGCAUCAUUCUCUGCUUGCUUAUAAAUACGGUGCUGUGUCAGGACUGCUCUCAGCCCUGUGACUGCCCAGCUGAGAGCCCUUUAUGUCCUGUAGGCACCAGUCUAGUGCUGGACGGCUGCAGCUGCUGUAAGGUGUGCGCCCGACAGGCAGGAGAGCCCUGCUCUUUCCUGGAGCCAUGUGACCAUCAUAAGGACCUGUAUUGUGACUAUGGUGUGCUGAGUGACACUGAGACAGGCAUCUGCAUGGCUCAAGAGGGUCAGACGUGUGACCUUGGUGGUGUGAUUUACCGCAGUGGUGAGACGUUUCAGCCCAGCUGCAAACAUCAAUGUGUCUGCAUGAAUGGGGAGAUCGGCUGUGUACCAACAUGUGCCAGCAACAUACGGCUGCCCUCUCCAGACUGUCCCUACCCAAGACGUGUCCAGAUCCCUGGCAAGUGCUGUGAGGAAUGGGUGUGCGACCAGAUCCCACAGGACGACACCUUCCAGUCAGCAAUGGCUGGUAGGCCAAUCGCAUAUAGAGAACUGUUUGGUCCGCAUGUCCAGCAUGAGAGUGCAAGGGACAACUGCAUCGUACAGACCACUGAUUGGAGUGAAUGCUCCGCAACCUGUGGCAUGGGGAUGUCCUCUCGUGUAACCAACGACAAUGAGCAAUGCCAGCUGGAACGGCAGAGCCGCAUGUGCAUGAUCCGCCCCUGCAAUGCAGAGCUGGAAAAGGACAUCAAGAGAGGGAAGAAGUGUGUGCGGACCCCAAAGAGCCAGCGCGGGAUGCGUUUCGAACUGUCCGGAUGCCAGAGCGUCAGGCUGUAUAAGCCGAAGUUCUGCGGGGUGUGUACAGAUGGCCGCUGCUGCACGCCUCACACCACCGUCACGGCCGAGGUGGAGUUCCGCUGUCCCGAGGGAGACUCCUUCAGGAAGAAGAUGAUGUUCAUUAAGACCUGCUCCUGUCAUCACCAUUGCCCCCGUGAGAACGACAUAUUCCUCGCCUCAAACUCACGGAGAAUGAUUGGGGACUAUGAUAAUGACAUGUGAGGAGCUGUCCAGUGUAACACACGCACACACACACACACACACACACUGAUGAUCAAGCACAUGUGCACAUGAGGCAGCUCCGUGUUUUACUGGACCUUGAAAUUCUCACGACUCGUGAACAGAAAAAAAAAGAGAAUGUUUGACAUGAAGUGGCCAUUGAUAAUGGCCCCGCAAACUUUUCUUCUCUUGUUUUGUAUAUUGUGAAGCUCUGAAGUCAUCUGGCUGUUUGACUGGUUCUGCUAUAGCAGACCUAAAGCACUGAGAACUUUGUGUUAAUAGAAUAGUUUACUCAGAAAUUACAUUUCUAUUAUCAUUUACUCGACUGCAUGUUGUUUCAAACUUAUAAACGCUUUUUCUUUUGGAACAUAAAAAGAGAGUUUUUGGAGAAUCUUGACACAGGUCUUUUGCAUACAAUGAAAAUUCAUACCACAUCUGUAAAGCUUAUAAAAAGGAGCACAAAAAGCACCACAGAACCAAAACCGAACUAUAGUCCAUACCAGUGUUUCACUGUAUUCCAGAUUCUGAUUUCAUGCUAUAAUUUGUUAUAAGGAACAAAUUAAAAUUUAAAUCGAUAACAAUUUGUUCACUAUACACUGUCAUUGUACAAAAAAAGCUUAAUGAAGAUUCUUUAAAAAUUCUCCUUUUGGCAUGGUUUUGGAAUAGUCUGAGGUUAAGCAAUUACAUAUAUUGAUGAUUUUUUUUUUUAAAUGUAUUCCUUUGGUUAUUUUUGGGUAAACUAUUCCUUUAAUACAUUGUGGACAUGAAGUAGCCUACUUAAUUAAAUCAGUCAUAUAAUGAGUUAAUUUCAAGAACAUUUUCCUCAAUACAGGAAUAGACUGAAAUGACAAUAAUGUAAUCAUACAUUUGAUAUGUAUUUUUUCGUUUAAAUUGUCAAUUGGGUUAUCAUUAUUUACGAUUAUUUUUACUUUACAACAAACAAGGUACAAUAUUUAACAACUGACCUUAAUAAUUUUGUAUCUAACUGAACCCAAUCUGACAAGUAUGAAAAUCACUAAUGAGUCCCAAAGUAUUUUGGGAAGAAAACACUUCAGCAAAUGAGGCUCAGAUAAUGAGAUACUGCCUAUGUUGUUUACUGUUUAUUUAAUAGGAAAUGAAUGGAAAGGAAUUGAACAAUGAUGAAUACACCUUCUGUAAAUACUUUAAGAAGACCGUGUACAGAUUGUACUAAUUUAUGUAACUGUUGUUUAACUCUUAAAUGUAGUUUCAUAUGUGUACUGUAUUACUCUGUGUUCAUUGUAAUCACCUGGCAAUGAUACCAGCGAGUUAUUUUCUGAUGCACUUUUAUUUUCCAAUAAAGAAAUUAUAUUUUUAUAUA